AUGUUAAAACUUUCUUAGAAUUAGAAAGUGAAAGAUUAGUUUUAAGAUUUGAAUAAGAUGAAUUUGAAAGAUUUGCAGUUGGAUUAAUUUAUUUAUCUUUGUCAUUGGAUAUUUUAGAAAUAAUCAUUGAACCCUUUUCCUCAAAGCUUUGAGUUCAAGCCUAUUGGUGAUUUGAUAUAAGAAAGUUUUAUUUAUGAAAAACAUAUUCAAGAUAAGACACCUUCUUAUUAUAAAAGUUUAAAUGGUACUUAAGUUUUAGAAAUAAAUGAAUAAGACUUAAAAUAUAGAAUUUUAUUAUAUGUAAAUGGUGAUUAAUAAGGGAAUAUAGCUCAUAUCAUAUUUUCAACAAACUAAAAUAUUGAUACUUUGUUUUCUAUACCAAAUAUAUAAAAUUUUAAUACAAAAAAUUAAAUGUAAUUUUAAUAGCCUUAAUUUUCUCAAUAUCCAUAAUCUAAUUAGCCAAUUCAAAAAUAGAUAUUUACUUAAUCUACUUAAAUAAAUUAAUAAUAAGUUUAAAACGGUCAACUAUAAAAGGAUAUAACUAGUUUGCAAUCAAAUGCGAAUCAAAAAUGGUAGCUGUUAAAGAAUCAUAAUGCUUUUUCAUAAAUGAUUUUCACUUAAUAAUAAUAAUAAUAAAAUCCUAUGAAAAAAUUUUUUCAAACAUCAGUAACUAAUAGUUGUAAUUUUAACAACUUUCCAAAAGAAUCAUCUUCUUAAAUAAAAUUGACUCCAAAUCAAAAUCAAAAUGAGAGACAAUAACCAAUAACAGGAUCAAUUUAAUAGUUUUAAGAUUAAUUCUAAAAUUUAAAUCUUUAAAAUUAAUUUCCAAAAUAAUAAGAUAAAUUUAAUUCUAACUUGAAUAUAUCCACACAAUAAGUCACAGAGGAAGAAGUAGUGUUUUGUACAUAAUAAAUUAAUAAUUUAGAAGAAAAUGAAUCAAUUAACAAUUAAGUACUUUAAUCUAGAAUUCUUACUAAUUUAAUUUAACAGAAAUAAUAAAAUGUUUUAGAUUGCAUAAUAUGCACUAUGAAAUAUAAUUUAGAUUUAGAUGAAUCUAUAGUGACUCCUUGUUGUAAUAAAAAAGUGCAUGUUUGUUGUUAUUAACAGGAUUUAGAUUAAAAAGCAAAAAUUAAUAUGAGUUUUGAAAAAAUAACAUGUUAUUCUUGUGGUUAAUCAUUUAAUAAUCGUUAAGAUUUUUUAAAAAAGAAUAUUUCAAUUGCACUUUUUGGUGAAAUUGUAAAAAGGAGAGUAUUAGCAGAUAUUCCUAUGAAAUGCUGUAAAUGUUAAUAGGCAAUAAAAGCUAGUUAAGAGAUUCUAAAUAAGUAGGUUAAACUUCAAUGCUUUUAAUGUAAUACUAUGCUUUGUAGUCUUUGUCGUCAAGAAUAUCAUGGUCAAAACUAACAAGUAAAUUUAAUAUUAAUAUUAGAAUUAAUAAUGUCCAAGUUUAGCAAAAGAGAUUUAAAAAGCAUUUUAAGGUAUGCCAAUACUUCUUUGUCCAUUUUGUUAGUUAAUUUAAACAAAAGAUGAUAAAUGCAAUCAUGUGAAAUGUUUUAAUUGCAAAAGAGAUCUAUGUUCAGCUUGUUCUGUUGAUCGAAUUCCAAUAGUGGCUCAUGGCAAUCAUUAUCACAGAGAAGGUUGUCCUGAUUAUAAACCAUGGAUAGUUAAAGAUAAGAUAAAUAAAACUAAAGAAUUUGAUAAAAUUAAAUGUCAAAGAUGUAAGGAAUCAGGAAAACCAUGUGAAUAUCCAAUGAGUUUGGAAGAAUAUAGAAAAUUAAAGUAGUUUUGA